AUGACCUCCCCACUGUGCUUCUGGUGCUUCUGCGUCUGGGCCGCUGCCAACUGGCCGCCAGGAAGCGCCCUACAGCUCCAGCCCGGCAUGCCAAAUGUAUGCAGAGAGGAGCAGCUGACCGUGGUAAGACUGUCACGCCCCUGCACCCAAGCUUUCAUAGACACCAUCCAGUUCUGGAGACAAGGCUGCUCAGGCCUGCGGUGGUGCAUGGGAUAUGAACGAAGGAUUCGCUACUACAUCAUCUACAGACAUGUGUAUGCCACAGAGUACCAGACAGUCUUCCGGUGCUGCCCUGGUUGGACCCGAUGGGAUGAUGAACCAGGCUGCUUCUCCUCUCUCUCUUCCUUGGGAACACACUUCAGUGGAAGGGAGUGCUCAUAUCAGGACACUCAGCAGUGCCUUUGUUCACAAGGGUUUCAUGGACCCCACUGUCAGUAUGAGAAGAACAAACACCUAGAAAGUGAACUGACACCUGGAUUCCUACAGUAAAACGUGGAUGAGUGUGCCGUGGAGAAUGGGGACUGUCAGCAGCGCUGUAUUAACACUCUGGGCACCUUCCGCUGUGCGUGUGACACAGGAUACAGACGCCAUGCUGACGGACGUACCUGCAUAAAGACAGACCCCUGUGCAGGCGCAAAUGGAUGUGCACACCUAUGUCAAAGCGAAAAUGGCCUGGCCAGGUGUGCCUGCCACGCUGGGUACCAGCUGUCUGAAGACAAAAAGGCCUGCGAAGAUAUAAAUGAGUGUGCUGAAGAGCUCACUCCCUGUGCCCAUCGCUGUGUGAACUCAAAGGGGUCCUUCACGUGUACCUGCCACCCUGGCUUCGAGCUCGGAGCUGAUGGAAAACAUUGUUACAGGAUUGAAUUAGAAAUUGUCAAUGUCUGUGAGGAGAACAAUGGCGGCUGUUCUCAUCACUGCGAGCCUGCAAUUGGUGGAGCCCACUGUUCCUGUAACCAUGGACAUCAGCUCGACACCGAUGGGAAAACAUGCAUAGACUUUGAUGAAUGCGAGAGCGGAGAAGCCUGCUGUGCCCAGCUCUGCAUCAACUACUUAGGAGGCUAUGAGUGCAGCUGUGGGGAAGGAUUUCAGAUCAGUCCGGAUGGUUGUGGAUGUGAUGCUUUAGAUGAUGAGCAGUUAGAGGAGGAAGAGGAGGAAAUAGACAUCCUGAGGUUUCCAGGCCAUCUGGUUCAGAGCCCACCUCAGCCAUUCCCUUAUCUUGAUCCUUCUCUGGCUGCUUCAUAUGAAGAUGAAGACAAUGAUGAUGCCAGUCAGGAAGCAGGAGAGGUCCAGGGGCUGACAGCCUUGCACAGAGUUGUCUGUUUAGAUGGCACCUUUGGUCUGGCUUGCAGCUUGAGCUGUGAAGAUUGCAUGAAUGGAGGAAGAUGCCAAGAAGGAAAGAGUGGGUGCUUCUGCCCAGCAGGAUGGACUGGCCUUACAUGCAAUGAAAGCAAUAGCCUAGGAACUGGGGAAGGCCAGCAAGCUCCUGUGGGAUGCCUGAAAGGGUUCUUUGGGAAGAACUGCAAACGAAAAUGUCAUUGUGCUAACAAUGCUCAUUGCCACAGGGUAUAUGGUGCCUGCAUGUGUGACCUAGGGCGUUAUGGAAGAUUCUGCCAUCUUACCUGUCCCAGGGGAGCCUAUGGAGCUAACUGUUCUUUGGAAUGUCAGUGUGUGGAAGAGAACACCCUGGAAUGCAGUGCCAAACAUGGUAGUUGCACCUGCAAAUCUGGUUACCAAGGCAACAGAUGCCAGGAAGGUACAAUCCGAUGA